UUACUUCUUGAAUGAAUUUUAUAAAAAAUAAGGCCAUUUGAAAAUAAGAUAUUAGAGCUAAGCUUCCUUGUCUAUACAACUCAUACAUGGCCAGCUUUGCACACUGCAAUGGUGAACAUUUAACAAAAGUAUAUUGGACGGGCAUGUGUCUACAUGCUGAAAGGAAAAGCUGUUAUGGACCAUAACUUUUAUACAAGCUGAUCAGCUGCCAUCUGUGUACAAAGCACUGUGAUCAGCAGAGACCUGUUUGUGCCACUGUGUAGACUGAUAGCAGCAGAUUAAUUUAGCUGAGCUGUUCUCUAGCAGUUUGGUCACGAGGACAUAGACACUACCAAAGUGUAGUCAUCACACCACUGAUCUUUGCUGGUUUAGAUUGUGGCAAGAGAGAAAAACUGCUUGCUCUCUUCACCCCAAUACAGCUGAGGUAAGAGCCACCUUUUUUUCUCUUGAAGGGAAAAAUGAGAGCAAAUCUGCCUCUUUUAACUUUUCCCAUGCUGUUUGAUUUAAAUUUAUUCUAGUCUUUUCCAUGAUAAUCCCCCAGGCCAGGUAUACAGUUCAGCAUCUCUUUGGCGGAGAGCAACUAGUUUGUAGCACAGCUUGGGUAAAUUUUAAUAACAAAAUUGUAUUGCCAGCACGAAGCAUUUGACCUUGAAGACAGAGGAGAGCAGACAUUGCAGAUUUCCCUACUUGCCCUUCACUUACAAGAGAGUAGAUAAUGAAUUAAUAAAAAUUGAUAAAGAGUGUCUGUCAGGCAGCCGCUGAGGUCAUGAGGCUGGUAUGCAAAAAGAGUACCCAUACAACAUGCGAGACACAUAGCUGCAGCCAGGAGAGGUGGGUGGGUCAUCGAAGCAGGAAAUUAGCCGUCAGAUGGAAUGUUGGCCUCUGUACAAGCUACGCCGCGCGCAUGGACUCACUGGGAGAAAACACACAGGGAAAUGGGGAGUGCUCAGUGCUGCAGAGAAAAGAGCUCCUAUAGAAGAUGACAGCACUAUUGCUGUUAGUGGUACUUCAAAGAUACUGAAGACAGUGCAGGCUGACUUGAAUAAGUUUACAUUCCGAUACCGAGAAUUGCAUUCCACUGGGUAGUUCUGACGUACAAGAAGAAUGUGGAGGCCCAUACAAAGGGCAAGAUUAGGGACACUGAUAGAAGAGGCUUCUAUGCUCUGUGACUGCCUUCCGUGGAAAGCUCACACUGGCAGAAAGUGCUCUUGACCCAACUUGGGAGAGGAAAAUGUGGUCACAGAAACUUCGGACAAUUGGACCUUACAACACCUGCAGCACCCUGUCUGGUGUUUCAUUGCCUAUGGGUAUUUACGAAAACUAGUUUUGGCAAGCGUUCUGCAGGAAGUUUUAGGCGUGGCUGUGAAUGCAUUGUUUUAGAGCCUUCUGAGAUGAUUGUGGUGGACUAUAUGGAUGAAAAUGAAGAAUAUUUUCAGCGUCAAGCUUCCCAUAGACAGUCUCGAAGGAGAUUUAGAAAAAUCAACCAGAAGGGUGAAAGACAAACAAUUAUUGACACUGUGGAUCCUUAUCCCAUGGGCAAACCUCCUUUGCCUAGAGGCUAUCACACGGAAUGCACUAAAUCUCAGCUUCCUGCAGAUUUCACAAAACUGCAUCUUACUGACAGUCUCCACCCACAGGUGACCCACGUUUCUUCUAGCCAUUCAGGAUGUAGUAUCACUAGUGAUUCUGGAAGCAGCAGUCUUUCUGAUAUCUACCAGGCCACAGAAAGCGAGGCUGGUGAUAUGGACCUGAGUGGGUUGCCAGAAACAGCAGUGGAUUCCGAGGACGAUGACGAUGAAGAAGACAUUGAGAGAGCAUCAGAUCCUCUGAUGAGCAGGGACAUUGUGAGAGACUGCCUGGAGAAGGACCCAAUUGACCGGACAGAUGAUGACAUUGAACAACUCUUGGAAUUUAUGCACCAGUUGCCUGCUUUUGCCAAUAUGACGAUGUCCGUGAGGCGAGAACUCUGUGCUGUGAUGGUGUUCGCAGUGGUGGAAAGAGCAGGGACCAUAGUGUUAAAUGAUGGUGAAGAGCUGGACUCCUGGUCAGUGAUUCUCAAUGGAUCUGUGGAAGUGACUUAUCCAGAUGGAAAAGCAGAAAUACUAUGUAUGGGAAAUAGUUUUGGUGUCUCUCCUACCAUGGACAAAGAAUACAUGAAAGGAGUGAUGAGAACAAAGGUGGAUGACUGCCAGUUUGUCUGCAUAGCCCAGCAAGAUUACUGCCGUAUUCUCAACCAAGUAGAAAAGAACAUGCAAAAAGUUGAAGAGGAAGGAGAGAUUGUUAUGGUGAAAGAACACCGAGAACUUGAUCGAACUGGAACAAGAAAGGGACACAUUGUCAUCAAGGGUACCUCAGAAAGGUUAACAAUGCAUUUGGUAGAAGAGCAUUCAGUAGUAGAUCCAACAUUCAUAGAAGACUUUCUGUUGACCUAUAGGACUUUUCUUUCUAGCCCAAUGGAAGUGGGCAAAAAGUUAUUGGAGUGGUUUAAUGACCCGAGCCUCAGGGAUAAGGUUACACGGGUAGUAUUAUUGUGGGUAAAUAAUCACUUCAAUGACUUUGAAGGAGAUCCUGCAAUGACUCGAUUUUUAGAAGAAUUUGAAAACAAUCUGGAAAGAGAGAAAAUGGGUGGACACCUAAGGCUGUUGAAUAUCGCAUGUGCUGCUAAAGCAAAAAGAAGAUUGAUGACGUUAACAAAACCAUCCCGAGAAGCUCCUUUGCCUUUUAUCUUACUUGGAGGCUCCGAAAAGGGAUUUGGAAUCUUUGUUGACAGUGUAGAUUCAGGUAGCAAAGCAACUGAAGCAGGCUUGAAACGGGGGGAUCAGAUAUUAGAAGUAAAUGGCCAAAACUUUGAAAACAUUCAGCUGUCAAAAGCCAUGGAAAUUCUUAGAAAUAACACACAUUUAUCUAUCACUGUGAAAACCAAUUUAUUUGUAUUUAAAGAACUUCUAACCAGACUGUCAGAAGAGAAAAGAAAUGGUGCCCCCCACCUUCCUAAAAUUGGUGACAUCAAAAAGGCCAGUCGCUACUCCAUUCCAGAUCUUGCUGUAGAUGUAGAACAGGUGAUAGGACUUGAAAAAGUGAACAAAAAAAGUAAAGCCAACACUGUUGGAGGAAGGAACAAGCUGAAAAAGAUACUCGACAAGACUCGGAUCAGUAUCUUGCCACAGAAACCAUACAAUGAUAUUGGGAUUGGUCAGUCUCAAGAUGACAGCAUAGUAGGAUUAAGGCAGACAAAGCACAUCCCAACUGCAUUGCCUGUCAGUGGAACCUUAUCAUCCAGUAAUCCUGAUUUAUUGCAGUCACAUCAUCGCAUUUUAGACUUCAGUACUACUCCUGACUUGCCAGAUCAAGUGCUAAGGGUUUUUAAGGCUGAUCAGCAAAGCCGCUACAUCAUGAUCAGUAAGGACACUACGGCAAAGGAAGUGGUUAUUCAGGCUAUCAGGGAGUUUGCUGUUACUGCCACCCCGGAUCAAUAUUCACUAUGUGAGGUCUCUGUCACACCUGAGGGAGUAAUCAAACAAAGAAGGCUUCCAGAUCAGCUUUCCAAACUUGCUGACAGAAUACAGUUGAGUGGAAGGUAUUAUCUGAAAAACAACAUGGAAACAGAAACUCUUUGUUCUGAUGAAGAUGCUCAGGAGUUGUUGAGAGAGAGUCAAAUUUCCCUCCUUCAGCUCAGCACUGUGGAAGUUGCCACACAGCUCUCCAUGCGAAAUUUUGAACUCUUUCGCAACAUUGAACCUACUGAAUAUAUAGAUGAUUUAUUUAAACUCAGAUCAAAAACCAGCUGUGCCAACCUGAAGAGAUUUGAAGAAGUCAUUAACCAGGAAACAUUUUGGGUAGCGUCUGAAAUUCUCAGAGAAACAAACCAGCUGAAGAGGAUGAAGAUCAUUAAGCAUUUCAUCAAGAUAGCACUGCACUGUAGGGAAUGCAAGAAUUUUAACUCAAUGUUUGCAAUCAUUAGUGGCCUAAACCUGGCACCAGUGGCAAGACUGCGAACAACCUGGGAGAAACUUCCCAAUAAAUACGAAAAACUAUUUCAAGAUCUCCAAGACCUGUUUGAUCCUUCCAGAAACAUGGCGAAAUAUCGCAAUGUUCUCAAUAGUCAAAACCUACAACCACCCAUAAUCCCUCUGUUUCCAGUUAUCAAGAAGGAUCUCACCUUCCUUCACGAAGGAAAUGACUCAAAAGUAGACGGGCUGGUCAAUUUUGAGAAGUUAAGGAUGAUCGCAAAAGAAAUUCGUCACGUUGGCCGAAUGGCUUCAGUGAACAUGGACCCAGCCCUCAUGUUCAGGACUCGGAAGAAGAAAUGGCGGAGUUUGGGGUCUCUCAGCCAGGGUAGUACAAACGCAACAGUGCUAGAUGUUGCUCAGACAGGUGGUCAUAAAAAGCGGGUACGUCGUAGUUCCUUUCUCAAUGCCAAAAAGCUUUAUGAAGAUGCCCAAAUGGCUCGAAAAGUGAAGCAGUACCUUUCCAAUUUGGAGCUAGAAAUGGACGAGGAGAGUCUUCAGACAUUAUCUCUGCAGUGUGAGCCAGCAACCAACACAUUGCCUAAGAAUCCUGGUGACAAAAAGCCUGUCAAAUCCGAGACCUCUCCGGUAGCUCCAAGGGCAGGGUCACAGCAGAAAGCUCAGUCCCUGCCACAGCCCCAGCAGCAGCCACCACCAGCACAUAAAAUCAACCAGGGACUGCAGGUUCCCGCCGUGUCCCUUUAUCCUUCACGGAAGAAAGUGCCCGUAAAGGAUCUCCCACCUUUUGGCAUAAACUCUCCACAAGCUUUAAAGAAAAUUCUUUCUUUGUCUGAAGAAGGAAGUUUGGAACGUCACAAGAAGCAAGCUGAAGACACAAUAUCAAAUGCGUCUUCGCAGCUUUCUUCUCCUCCUACUUCUCCACAGAGUUCUCCAAGGAAAGGUGGCAGUGGCAAUCAGCUGAGAUCUUUUGGCUCCGGGCAGUUGGACUUAACCAGUUCCUCCUCUUCUCUUGGAAGUGAGAACAGUAACAAGAAUAACAAUGCACCACGGACCUAUGGGAUAGGCUAUACUUUGGCUCCCAGUGGUACUGUGGAUAAUUUUUCAGAUUCUGGUCACAGUGAAAUUUCUUCACGAUCCAGUAUUGUCAGCAAUUCGUCUUUUGACUCAGUGCCAGUCUCACUGCACGAUGAGAGGCGCCAGAGGCAUUCUGUCAGCAUCGUGGAAACAAACCUAGGGGUGGGCAGGAUGGAGAGGCGGACCAUGAUGGAACCUGAUCAAUAUAGCUUGGGGUCCUAUGCACCAAUGUCCGAGGGUCGAGGCUUAUAUGCUACAGCUACAGUGAUUUCUUCUCCAAGCACAGAGGAACUUUCCCAGGAUCAGGGGGAUCGUGCGUCACUUGAUGCUGCUGACAGUGGCCGUGGGAGCUGGACGUCAUGCUCAAGUGGCUCCCAUGAUAAUAUACAGACAAUCCAGCACCAGAGAAGCUGGGAGACUCUUCCAUUUGGGCACACUCACUUUGAUUAUUCAGGGGAUCCUGCAGGUUUAUGGGCAUCAAGCAGCCAUAUGGACCAAAUCAUGUUUUCUGAUCAUAGCACAAAGUAUAACCGGCAAAAUCAAAGUAGAGAGAGCCUUGAACAAGCCCAGUCCCGAGCAAGCUGGGCGUCUUCCACAGGUUACUGGGGAGAAGACUCAGAAGGUGACACAGGCACAAUAAAGCGGAGGGGUGGAAAGGACGUUUCCAUUGAAGCCGAAAGCAGUAGCAUAACAUCUGUGACCACAGAAGAAACCAAGUCAGUCCCCAUGCCUGCCCACAUAGCUGUGGCAUCAAGUACUACAAAGGGGCUCAUUGCACGAAAGGAGGGCAGGUAUCGAGAGCCCCCGCCCACCCCUCCCGGCUACAUUGGAAUUCCCAUUACUGACUUUCCAGAAGGGCACUCCCAUCCAGCCAGGAAACCUCCGGACUACAACGUGGCCCUUCAGAGAUCGCGGAUGGUCGCGCGAUCCUCCGACACAGCUGGGCCUUCAUCUGUACAGCAGCCACAUGGGCAUCCCACCAGCAGCAGGCCUGUGAACAAACCUCAGUGGCAUAAGCCGAACGAGUCCGACCCGCGCCUCGCCCCCUAUCAGUCCCAAGGGUUUUCCACCGAGGAGGAUGAAGAUGAACAAGUUUCUGCUGUUUGAGGCACAGGCUUUUCUGGAUCCAGAGCGAGCCACCUGAAGGGAGAGCACAGGAAGAUGUCCCGAGCAUUGGAGCCUUGGAACUCACAUUCUGAGGAUGGUGGACCAGUUUGCCUCCUUCCCUGCCUUAAAAGCAGCAUGGGGCUUCUUCUCCCCUUCUUCCUUUCCCCUUUGCAUGUGAAAUACUGUGAAGAAAUUGCCCUGGCACUUUUCAGACUUUGUUGCUUGAAAUGCACAGUGCAGCAAUCUUCGAGCUCCCACUGUUGCUGCCUGCCACAUCACACAGUAUCAUUCCAAAUUCCAAGAUCAUCCCAACAAGAUGAUUCACUCUGGCUGCACUUCUCAAUGCCUGGAAGGAUUUUUUUUAAUCUUCCUUUUAGAUUUCAAUCCAGUCCUAGCACUUGAUCUCAUUGGGAUAAUGAGAAAAGCUAGCCAUUGAACUACUUGGGGCCUUUAACUCACCAAGGAAGACAAAGAAAAACAAUGAAAUCCUUUGAGUAUAGUGCUUGUCCACUUGUUUACAAUGUCCUCCUUUAAAAAAAAAAAAAAUGAAUUUAGAGAUUUUGUUCAGAGAGUAAAUGUAUAUCCAUUUAAUGAUUACAGUAUUAUUUUAAACCUUAAGUAGGGUUGCCAGCCUGGUUUCUGAAAAACCAAAUAUGCCGGACAGGGUGUGGCCACACCAAGAAGACGGGAAAACCUGGCUUGUGACCCUGGCUUCCCAUGUCCUUCUGGUCUCACCCGCGAAGUGCCCUAUCCUGGAAGUAUGAAAUGUUAGCCAAUUAAUACCAAGACACCUCAUCUGCUCCUUCCCCAGUGGAUGGGGUUCUUCUGUAAAACUGUUUGCACAUGGCCAGGGGAGGGAACUAGGACCCUUGUGUCUUGUCUGAGCCUUAUGGAGGCAGGACGGUGUCAUUGGCGGAUGUGUCCUGCUCCAUUGAGAUGGAUGGCAAACCCCAUUUUUAAGUUAUAUUUCUUUGAUUUUUGUUAAUUUAGAGGUUUAGGUUUUGUUUUUCUUUUUUUUUUUUUUUUUUUUGAGAGAAACAUUUAUAACUGGAUAGCAUUGCAGUGAAAGCAGCUUGGGAUGUUGGAGCUAAUGCCAGCUGUUUAUACUGCUCUUUCAAGACAGCCUCCCUUUAUUGAAUUGGCAUUAGGGAAUAAACAAGCCUUUAAAUGUGAUAAAAGAUCAAAAACCUGGUUAGAUAUGCCAGCCUUUGCAAGGCAGGUUAGUCACCAAAGACUAACCUCCCAGUGGCUUUAUGGACGCUGCAUAUAGAGAAGGCCUAAGUGUAGCAACCAUCUGCUCACAGCUGCUAUUAACCCUUUAAUGACUGAAAUGACCCCUCCACUCUAUUUUUGUGUUGUUUUUGCACAGACUCCGGAAAAGUGAAGGCUGCCAAUCUGAGUAGUACUCAAAUGUGAGGAACUGCUGGUCUUGGAUUUUUUUUCCAUUAAAUUCAGCUGAUCAUAUUGAUCAGUAGAUAAACGUAAAUAGCUUCAAAUUUUAAAAGUGGAAUUGCAGUGUUUUUUCACUGUAUCAAAAAAUGUCAGUGCUUUAUUUAAUAAUUCUCUUCUGUAUCAUGGCAUUUGUCUACUUAUAUAUUACAUUGUCAAUUAUGCAUUUGUAAUUUUACAUGUAAUAUGCAUUAUUUGCCAGUUUUAUUAUAUAGGCUAUGGACCUCAUGUGCAUAUAGAAAGACAGAAAUCUAGCUCUACCACAAGUUGCACAAAUGUUAUCUAAGCAUUAAGUAAUUGUAGAACAUAGGACUGCUAAUCUCAGUUCGCUCUGUGAUGUCAAGUGCAGAAUGUACAAUUAACUGGUGAUUUCCUCAUACUUUUGAUACUACUUGUACCUGUAUGUCUUUUAGAAAGACAUUGGUGGAGUCUGUAUCCCUUUUGUAUUUUUAAUACAAUAAUUGUACAUAUUGGUUAUAUUUUUGUUGAAGAUGGUAGAAAUGUACUAUGUUUAUGCUUCUACAUCCAGUUUGUACAAGCUGGAAAAUAAAUAAAUAUAACGUAAAGCCUUGCCUAUAUA